AUGGGCACCGAUACUCUUUCUGGAGCGGUGGCGGCCGUGUCAGGGCCAACUGAUAUCCAGGUGAAGAAGACAUCCUCAAAGCCGCCUAAGAUCAAGGCAAAGAAGGACAUCAAGCUUAAGACACAUUCAAAGGCUCCGCUGAAGACAGACAUAGGCCCCUCGAAGGCUACCAAAGCUGUCAAAGUGGGAGUGUUGAAGACCCCAAGCAAGGAGAAGGAGAAGAAACAGGCAAAGUUAUCUACAACAACAGCAACGUCUCCACCUUUAGCCUCGACCUCAACUUCAACCUCCGCAACAACACCACAAUCUCUACAGAACACCAACAACGACGCCCACCCGCCCAAACCAGGCUCAUCAGACCUGCUGGAUAAACAGGCCAAAGCAGUUCAGGCUCGUCUAAAAAUGAACCAUUACGCCAACCGAGCAAGACAUCCACCAGCUGGUCGAGGAGGUCCGAUGAAUUAUCCAGGUCCCAAUGGACGCGUUCCUGGUGCUUUUCCUCCUGGAAUCUACACCCAGAGCCCGCAUAAGCCAAACCAAACAAUGCUGGAACGCGUCAAGCCCUCGCAUCUAGCUCCUCAUUGGAUCUCGUGGGAAUCUCUGGCGGUGACGGUAUCAAAUUUUCCUCCUAAUGUGAAUACUUAUACACUUUGGAAGUCAUUCAGUGCCUGUGGAACAGUAGACUUCAUCGAAUUAUUCGAAGACAUCAGAGGCAAGAGAGAGGGAAGGGGUCGGAUUCGGUUUAGACCGCCGCCAAAAGAAUCCUUCUGGUUAGAUGGACGGCAUGUAUUAGAGCUCGAAGAUGGCCAGCGUAUCAUCAUCUCAGUUCGUGUGGAUACAUUCAGACGCAGAAAGGAGGUCCCUAGCCCAGUGGACCCAAAAAUUAUGUAUCCUCUGUCUCUUGAGGCUGUGGGUAGAUCACUGGAUAUCGGCUGUCUUUCCGGAGAGCAAUCCAUGAUUAUCAUGAGAACCAUUACUGCUAGCUUCCAGGAAUAUAUUCGUUUUGUUGCUGACUUGCAUCGCCGGGAGAUCAAUAUUUUCUUCCAAAUGGUAAAGACGGAAACACGAUUGCCUCCUGCAAUCCCGCAUACAGUCCAUAGCUACCGCAUUCGCAUCCCCUUUGUUCAUCUAUCGCGUAUCAAACGCAUAUCAGAGAAUGAUGAGCUAUCUUUCAUCUUCUCGCUGGACUCUCCGCCUUCAUAUCACCGGAAAUUGCAAGACCUGUCGAACACUUUUUCAGAAGCUGAUAACAUAUGGCGUUCUGAUGACACCUGGUACCGUCAAACUGAUAUUGUCCACAACCCGCUCGACCUAGUUCAUUCCAAGACUAGCCUUAAGAAGGCCCACCCUGUGAUCAACAUAGGACGUUGGACAACCUUUCGAGUCACCUUCCACUUGCCUGAUGCGGAUAAUACCCAAAGCCUGGAUACGCUUACAAAAAUCCUAAAGGACUUUAAUGUCGAAAUCCAGAAUAUCAAUAGCUUCACGUUGAAGAGACAUCCUCCCACAGCAGACCUUGCAUGGAGAUGGAUUGACCCUCCUUCUACUUAUGCUUCUAAACGCACAUCAUCCCUUGAGGACCUUGCAGAGAACGAGUACACGCAUAUCUCUUAUGCUGUGCGAUAUCAACUCGAAGUCUGCAUUUCUCAUGGGUUUCUAAGUGAAUACACAAUUGACAAGGAUUUUGCCAAGAAGCUUGAAUCUCUUGGGGAGCGUGAUGGUAAGGAUCUACUGGAAUAUGUUGCCCAAGAAAAGACCGUAUAUCAUGACCCAAUGGAGAUCUUUAACAUUCAGUUCUUCUCUGGUGUAACAAAUCGGAGAAUCCCAAAGUACUGCUGUUACAUGCGCUCAGCAACCGUUACUCCCUCCACGAUCUACUUCAAUACCCCUACAGUUGAUACCUCCAAUCGGGUGAUAAGACAUUAUAUUGAAUAUGCAGACAGAUUUCUUCGCGUCCGGUUCACUGAUGAAAAGUACGAAGGAAGAAUAAAUUCAACCUACAACAACUGCAUGGACGAGGUUUUUACUCGCGUGAAGCGGACCAUGACCAAUGGAAUUACCGUAGGAGAUAGGCACUACGAAUUCCUUGCAUUUGGCAACUCUCAAUUCCGAGAACAUGGGGCAUACUUUUUCGCUUCUCUGCCUAAUCUUACAGCUGCAAAUAUUCGUGCAUGGAUGGGUCAUUUCAGUGACAUCAAAAUUGUUGCAAAGCAUGCCGCUCGGUUAGGUCAAUGUUUUUCAACCACCAGAGCUGUUACUGGCUGUCCAGUAACCGUCAGAACAAUCGACGAGGUCGAGCGCAACGGAUACAUAUUCUCUGACGGGGUUGGCCGGAUCUCUAAAUUCCUCGCACAAAUGAUUAUGACCGAGUUUAAACUACAAACUCCUUCCGAAGAACCUCCAUCUGUAUUCCAGUUCCGGCUUGGUGGCUGUAAAGGAAUCCUGACAGUCUCACCCGAAGCUCAACGCCGAGAAGUUCACAUUAGAAAGAGUCAAUACAAAUUUGCAGCAAUUCAUAAUGGCCUUGAGAUUAUCAGAUGGUCUCAGUUUGCGGCAGCACAUCUUAAUCGCCAGCUCAUUGUGGUAUUAUCAGCUUUAGGUGUCAGUGAUGAAAUUUUCAUCCAGAAGUUGCGCUUGAUGCUCGAGGAUAUGGAGCAGGCGAUGACGAGUGAGACAAAGGCGAUGUCUAUGCUUCAAAAGCGUGUUGAUCCAAACCAAAUGACGCUCCUACCCGCUCAAAUGGUCCACGAUGGAUUUCAGGGUAGCUGUGAUCCAUUUGUUAAAUCAUUACUGGAGUUGUGGCGCGCAUGGCAAAUCAAAUAUCUGAAGGAAAAAGCAAAGGUUUUUAUCGAUCAAGGAGCCUGCUUGUUUGGCUGUCUGGAUGAGACGGCAACGCUGAAAGGUUACUAUGAGAAAAAGCGACCCUCGAUCGAGGCCACUUACGAGGAAAGACUAGAAUACCUUCCUGAAAUUUUUGUCCAGGUGUUCGACAAUGAAGAGGAGAAGAAGUACCGGGUAAUUGAAGGACCUUGUAUCCUGGCAAGGAACCCUUCAUUGCAUCCUGGAGAUAUCCGUGUGGUGAGAGCUGUCAAUGUUCCAGCACUUCAUCACCUGAAGGACGUCAUUGUCUUCCCGCAAACUGGGGAUCGAGAUGUUCCAAGUACAUGCUCUGGAGGCGAUCUAGACGGCGAUGACUACAUUGUCAUCUGGGAUCAAGAUCUCGUCCCACUCCCCAAGGAUUGGUUCCGUGAGCCAAUGGACUACACCGCUUCGAACGCCCAAAGCCUCAAUCGAGAUGUUACUGUAAAUGAUAUUACGUCAUUCUUCGUUACUUAUAUGAAGAACGAUCGUCUUCCUCAGAUAGCACAUGCACAUCUUGCCUUUGCAGACUAUCUAGAGGACGGUGUGAAUGACGAGAGAUGCAUUCAACUAGCCCAGCUACACUCUGCAGCCGUUGACUACAACAAAAGCGGCAUACCGGCCAACAUGACAAGAGACUUGGUUCCGAGAAGAUGGCCACACUUUAUGGAGAAAAAGUACAAGCCAAAAGAAGCGCAGUAUCAGUCCAAGAAGAUCCUCGGUCAAAUAUAUGACAUUGUUGAGCGCGUUGAGUUUCGACCGAAGCUUGAAGCCCCUUUCGACGAACGUAUCCUUAACUGCGAUAUUUCUGUCAGCCAGGAUAUGGUACUGGCCGCAAAGAAACUGAAAGCUCUUUAUGAUGCUGACAUGCGGAGAAUCAUGGCUCAACAUGAAAUCAAAACCGAGUUUGAGGUUUGGUCGACCUUUGUCUUAGGUCACGCGAACAUGAGCAAGGACUAUAAGUUCCACGAAGAGCUAGGCCAGAUAUCAUCUGCUUUGCGUGAAAGAUUCUUGUCAAUGUGUCAGGAUGAGGCUGGUGGAAGAGAUUUCCAGCAUCUUGCACCACUGGCUGUCGCAAUGUAUAGAGUGACAGCUCAAGAAGUAGCAGACGCUUUGGGCAAAGAAGAGUCCUCUAAGGGACACGAUGUCGGCAAUGCCAUUAAGAAGGACUAUAAACACCUCAGAAACGACCAGAUACCUCUCAUUAGUUUCCCCUGGGUACUCCAACCCGUUCUUGGAAAAAUUGCCAAUAGGCACUUUGACGACACAGGAAUUAUGGAGGGUGCAGGCAAACUUGCGACAUGGUCUUCAGUUGCCUAUGAACAAUCGAGAAUUCGCCGAAUUAACGGUAUCAAGGGUAUUAAUGAUGCUCCUCGUGACGUUGAGACAGCCGGAGGCAUUCAGCAUGCAGGAGAAGUGCUUGAACUCUUCCAGGACGACUUGGGUUUUGAUCCCUUUGAUGGGCUUGGAGACGCCUUCGACCAACUGGCCUGUCAUCCGAAUGAAGACGACAAACACGCGGUUGACCAAGAUUCCCGCUCCAAGGCCAAGUGUGCUAUUCCACUACUGGACACUGAGCAAUCUGAUAGCCUAAUUGAGGUUGAUGACGAUAUCUUCACUCCUAUUACCCCGUGUACAAUUGACUCAAGCCGACGCGGAUCGGUUCCGAUUGAAGAGCAAUCAAGCUUGCUCGAUAUUAGCAACGAGAACACUGAAACCGAAACUCGUAAAAACUACAACACAGAGACAAAGCGCCCCGUUGCACAUCCACGGCCAAAGGAAGGCCAGGAGAAUCAACCCCCGCUGCAGAAGAACUACCUGACUUCUUCAUUCCUCGACGGCCCGACAGGACCAGACGAGAUGAUCGAUGAUGACGAAGAAAUAGAGAUAAUGGAAGACGACGGGGAUGUGGAUCCCUCGGCAGUCAAUCAACUGGAGAUGCUCCUUAACAUCUAG